GAUGCGAGCGAGCAGAAAACCUGUCCUGCGAGCUGGAUCGUCUUCCUGGGCAUCAUCUAUACCUUCACCUACUUUACGACAGACCAGUACGUGCCAAGCCUGCCACAGAUGAAAGUCGACUUGGCUGCCACUCAAAGCCUUAUGAGCCUCACCGUGCAGAUGAAUUUCAUCGUGAAGGCUCUCUUUGGACUGCUUGCCGCCAGCCUCUCCGACCGCAUUGGGCGCCGACCCGUGCUGCUCUUCUGCCUCGUCCUGCUGAGUCUGGCAAGCUUUUGCUGUGCAUGCGCCGGGCGCAUAGAGUGGUUCUUUGCUGCUCGGGUUCUUCAAGGAAUCGGCGAAUCGGUGGAACCUGUGCUCUUUGCCAUCGUCCGUGACUACUUCGCAGAUCCCAGAGAGCGCUUCGGGAUCGUUUCGGUGCUGCAGGUGAUGUCCAUCGGUGGUAUGCUUGUUGCACCCUGCGCUGGUGGACUGCUUGCAGAGCUGUCGGGCUGGCGAACAUCCUUUUUUAUACUUGCAGUCAUCUGGGGCUUGCUGGCCACCUACGCUUGGUGGACCAUGGUCGAGAGCUGCGGCGAGGGGGAGAGCGCGAGCUACCUGAAGGACUUGUCGCGCAUUCUGGACCCACACCUUCUAUGCCUGCUGCUCACCCAGAGCUGCAUCAUGGGAGGCUGUCUGACCUUCAAUGCCAACUCGAGCUACUUCACGCAGGUGACUCUUGGGGGGUCCGUGAUGAUGUCGGCAUUCGUGAUGCUGACCUUCGGGGCAUGCAACAGCCUGGGCGCGCUGGUGACGGGGAAUUGUUGCACCGGAAGCAUCUUCAAGGUCUCCAAAGUCUGA